GGAUGGGGACACACCUUUACAUCUGGCGGUAUCACGUGGAUACGAACAUUUUGUUCGUAUUUUGGUGGAGCACGACGCCAACGUCAACAUACAGAAUACAGAUGGGGACACACCCUUACAUCGGGCUGCGUUAAGUGUUAACGAGUAUUUUGUUCGUAUUUUGCUGGAGCAGGGCGCCAACGUCAACGUACAGAAUACAGAUGGGGACACACCCUUACAUCGGGCUGCAUUACGUCUUAACGAGUAAUUUUGCUCGUAUUUUGCUGGAGCAGGGCGCCAACGUCAACGUACAGAAUACAAAAAGACAAACAGCUUUACACCUGACAGCGUCAUGUGGUACGAUGGAUGUUCUUCGCCUACUGGUAGAGAAGGGCGCUGAUAUAAACGUACAGGAUCAGGAUGGGAAUACACCUUUACAUGAGGCGGUAUUCUGUGAUACCGAGUAUUUUGUUCGUAUUUUGCUGGAGCAGGGCGCCAACGUCAACGUACAGAAUACAAAAAGACAAACAGCUUUACACCUGGCAGCGUCACGUGGUAGCAUGGAUGUUCUUCGCCUACUGGUAGAGAAGAGAGCUGAUAUAAACGUACAGGAUCAGUUUUGA